CUCAGAAAAAAGAAAAACAAAAAAUAAAUAAUCCCAGAGGGUUUAUACGGUCAUAAACCCUAAACCCUUUCUCCUCCUCAUUUCCACCUCCGUUUCCUCCAUUGCCGAUCUUCAGAGUCUCUACCCCCUCGGCAGACAUGAGCAAAGGGCCUGCUUUCUUCUCUGAAUUCGGAAAGAAAGCUAAAGACGUGCUCACCAAGGACUACUGCUCCGAUCAGAGGUUCACUGUCUGCAGCAAGAGUGCGACUGGACUGGCCCUUAGCUCCAGUGUUGGGAAGAAUGGCGGUCUCUCCUCAGGAAAUCUGUCAGCACGAUACAGGCACAAAAAUGCUGUUCUCAAUGUCAAAGUCGACACAGAAUCAAAUCAGAUCUUAACAACUGUCACCAUUACAGACAUCUUGCCAUCAACAAAAACAGUUGCCUCUUUGAAACUUCCCGAUUAUGACUCUGGAAAGUUGGCGACACAAUAUUGCCAUGAACAUGCAACGUUCAGCAUCGCUGUCUCGACGAAUCGUUCCCCAGCUGUUGAUUUUUCUGCAACAAUUGGCACCCCAAGUAUUGCCUUUGGGGCUGAAUCAAGCUACAUGACUGGCUCUCGUAAGUUUCUGAAGUAUAAUGCUGGAGUCAGCAUGACAAAGCCAAAUUCAAAUGCUUCAGUCAUCCUGGCUGACAAGGGGGACUCAUUAAGGUUUUCAUAUCUGCACUAUCUAGAUCAGCUAAAUGGGGGUGCUGUGGUCGGAGAAAUCAGUAGAAAGUUCUCAACCAAUGAGAACACACUUACUGUCGGCUGUUCAUAUUUGGUCGAUCCUCACACAGGCAUGAAGGCAAAGCUCAACAACCACGGGAAUCUUGGGGCGCUGCUACAACACGAGCUCAGGCCCAAGUCAUAUCUGACGAUAUCAGGCUCCUUCGACACCAAGGCACUUCAGAGGAAUCCAAAGUUUGGGUUGGCUCUCUCUCUGAAGCCCUGAACAGUACAAUUCAUAGACAUCGUUGAUUCAAUGCAGCCGAUGGGAAUUCCAUCAUAAAGGAUUUUUAAACGGAAGAUAUCUCUUCUUAGGUAAUUUACACACAGUAUUCUUGUGCGAUACUUGGUUCGAUUCUUGUAAGCCGAACCAAUUAGACUACAUUUUUGGGGACUCGGACGAUUUCCUUGGAUAAAACAAUGUUAUCUAUGUGAGGCCAUUGCCCUCUGAUGUGGAUUUGAUGA